AUGGAUUACCCUGGCGUGGAGCCGGUUUUACCCCUGAAUGGCCGGUCCCAGGAUUCCCCGCUGGGUCUACAGCUUCAAAAGGUGAUUGCGGGUGCCCUACCCGAGGAUGACGGAAUAGUAGAACUUUCAUCUUCGUCCAGUCAAUGUGACCCGAUGUCUCCUUCAACUCACUCCGUUACAUCGUCAUUGGCAUCAUCUUCAUCUUCAUCAGCACCAUUACUACAUGACCCAAUCCAUCAAUUGGUCUUGGAAAAAGAGGAUUUUCUAGAGGACUUGAGUCAUUUCAUUCCAGUAGGGGUGCUAAAACGAUAUGAGCCAGCCAAUAACCAUAAAUUAAGUGCUGCAGACCAUGGUUGGACAUCUGCGUAUCCGUACGGUGAGGUAUGCCGAUUGGAACAAAACAAUUGGAUUCAAACAUCUGUCUGUACAAAUGCCAAAUUCCCUGCGUGGAGCGCCGUCCGCGUCUAUGUUCUUCCGGAUGACAUCGGGAGGAAACAUAUUCAACGAUCGUCCGGAGCAUUGCGGCGAUGUUUUAAACUCGUGAUGUCGAAGCUGGAUUCGUCCUCGGAGGCAUGGAAUGGGAGAUUCAACCCUUAUACACAGCAAAAUGUGGGUUCUGCAGAAGAGGAAUCACUAUUUUAUAUCUUUAACACGCUUGAAUCUCCAAAUCCCGAGGUUGAAAAGGUGUCCGAUCCUCAUGCAAGAGCUGCUAUCGAAGAGGUGCUCUGGACACAGGGCGAUUAUCCCGGAGAGUCCGAUGAGGAUAUGGGAGUUGUCGGGCUCAAGACUCGCUUGUAUGCUUAUCAGCGUCGUUCGGCAGCAUAUAUGAUCCAGAGGGAGUCAGAGCCAGCCAAGAGUCUCGACCCCCGCCUACAGGCUAUGCGCGGGCCGACAGGACAACCCUUCUAUUAUGAUAAAGAGGAAGGGAACAUUUUUCGAGAGAAGAGGCUCUACGCUGAGGCUUGUGGAGGAAUUCUGGCGGAAACUAUGGGCUCCGGCAAAACCUUAAUCUGUUUAACUGUCAUACUUGCAACUAGGGGUCAUUUCCCACGCAUUCCCUCUGCUCACAUGGAAGGUCUUCACCCUGUCCGUAAGCAAACGGCGUCGUUGCUUGAAAUGGCUGCUGCAACCGCUGGUCGUUUUUCUCUCCCUUGGAAGUCAUAUUUUGAGCGAUUGGGGGCUUCGGGAAUGCAUUUUGAAAAAUGCAUCUCAGCUUGUGAAUCUAACCGUGGAAGUUACGAAAUAACCAGGUCACAUUUGAGGAAUAGAAGUCGAGAAUCCGCGCCCAAGGCGACAGCUACUAAGCUACAGUUAUGUUCCGGAACCCUCGUCGUCGUACCAUCUAACUUGGUUGACCACUGGUUAAAUGAGAUCAACAAGCACACCCAGGGCUUGAAAGUGCUUGUUCUUCGAGAUAGCCGUCGGGCAACCCCUCCCCCCGAUCAAUUGCUUGAAUAUGAUGUUGUCCUCUUUUCCAGACCACGUUUUGAAAAGGAAGCCGGCGGAAGAACGGAAACAUCUCCAUCGAAACUACCCUACGAAUCGCCGUUAAAAAGUCUUCACUGGUUGAGAAUCAUAGUUGAUGAAGGUCAUAACUUCGCCAUUAAAGGUGGAAAGAGUACCGCCGUCCAUACACUCGGUCAACUCCACGUUGAGCGUCGCUGGGUUGUUUCUGGUACCCCAUCAAGUGGACUAUAUGGCGUUGAGGUGGCGCUCGCUUCUCAGGAAACAACAGGCGAACAGCUUGGCCAGAAAGAUGAUGCCACCACAUCCGUUUUGCAGGCUCGAAAAAAGACAGCAAAUGUAAUGGAGGAAGAAUUGAAGAAUAUAGAUAGGCUUCGGCUGAUUGUUGUGGAAUUCCUUGCUUUGAAGCCAUGGGCGAACUCAAAAAUGGAUGAUCCCGCCAACUGGACUAAAUACACCAAACCUCUAGGGCCGGAUGGAAAACGCAGAGCUUCUCCGUCUCUCCGGUCAACACUCCAAUCACUUGUGGUACGCCAUCGAACUGAACUUGUGAACGGAGAGCUUGAUUUACCAGGGCUUCAUAACAAGGUGGUUUAUUUGGAGCCGACAUUCUAUGACAAAAUGUCUCUGAACCUUUUCAUAUUUGUACUGACGGUCAAUGCCAUUGCAUCUGAGCGGACCGAUCAAGAUUAUAUGUUUCAUCCAAAGAACCGCAAGCAUCUAAGUAUACUCAUUAGAAGUCUGAGACAUUCUGGUUUCUGGUGGACUGGCCAUGAGAAGAAAGAUAUACAAAAAGCCUUGAGUGUUGCCCGAGAGUACUUGGAGCGGAGUUAUCACAGAAUGGAUGAAAAUGAUGUAAGGCGGUUGUGCGAGGGAAUUACCAUCGCCGAAAAGACGAUAAACUGCAAUUCCUGGAAUGCGUUUAGUCAGUUUGCCGAGCUGGGUGUGUUUCUGCAAGACUUUCCAGAUUACGCUCGAAACGCAUGGACAAUCGAUCCCUUAAGUGAGCCAGUUGAACCCCUUCUUCUUGGGAUCACCCAGGCGAGGCAUGCGCAAAGGUUCGUUACUAGACAUCUUUGGGCAUUAGACCCCGCUGAAGGCAUCGUUGGUGCUGGAAUUAAGUUGCGAAGUCAGAUGCGUGAGCGAGGGGUUCCGGAAGAUAACAAGUCCAGUGAUUAUCUUGUUCACCGACCAAUGCCUGAAGGAGCAAAAUCUUCACUUUCAAAAAAGGAAACAUCUUUUGGGCGUUUCAAGAGCCUUCCUCCUGAAUCACCACUUAACAAAACCAAACUUGUUGCUACCGCGUCUGCAAAACUCACAUAUUUGUUGGACAAGGUGCUUGAAUUUCAGGAAAAGGAGAAGAUUAUUAUUUUCUACGAAGAAGGUGGUAAUAGUGGUUGGUACAUUGCAGAAGCACUCGAAAUUCUCGGGGUCGAGUUCCGAAUUUACUCAAACACCUUGAAAACAUCGGAUCGGUCAGCGUAUCUCGCGUUGUUUAACACAACGGAACUUGUGCGGGUCUUACUUAUGGACCUUCGCCAAGCCUCACAUGGUCUUGAUAUCCCUUGUGCAUCGCGUGUUUUCAUUGUGAAUCCGAUCUGGGACCCUAACGUUGAAAGCCAAGCGAUCAAACGAGCUCAUCGGAUAUCGCAAGGGAAGCCAGUUUAUGUCGAGACCCUUGUACUCAAGAAUACACUGGAAGAUAAAAUGCUCCAGAGAAGAAAGCAGAUGUCGGAUGCCGAGUUGCGGCAUGCGGAGAAAGAUCCUCUGGACGACCACACCAUGAGUUACAUAAUCCAAAAUGAAGGGUUCAUUCCUAUUUCUGAAAACGAAUCCUCUGCCGGUCCGGCAUACUUGAAAACGCCAGUUGGUUUCUUCGAUCGACACACCUUGCCCAUUCCAGACGAUUACAAGGAGGUCGACUAUAGCUUGUCUACUUCCCUCCCAACACUUCUCUCCCCACCUACCCCUCUUAGACCGGUGACUCCAAGUAAAAAACGCAAAUCUUUGGACGAUCUACCCUGGGUAGAAUCCGAUGUUCAGGGACUAUCGAGAUCCAAGCCAAGCAUUCGUAAACGGCAGCGUUCAAACGGACAUCUGGAGGCUGUCAAUGGUAUUCUAAUGGAAGCUCCCCGAACCAGAACACCACCUUCACGACGUGUUCUUGCUUCUCGAGUUCGACUGCCUGUCAACGAGGACGCCUCCUCGGCGAGGAACAAUCAGCUCUUUCCAGCAUCGUAUGAUGGGUCAAAGGACUCAUUUGAGGAAGUCCCUUCUGAGGAAGAUUCAUCUGCAAAUAUUUUCGAGAAUCUUUCAACUCUGGGAGUUAGCUUUUUUAGCCCAGGGAACCCGUUCAUGAAUUAG